UGGGGGCGGCGGGGCUGGCGCUGCUGCUGCUCUGGGCCGCGGUGCACAAGGUGCCCGAGGGGCACCUGGCCGUCUACUACCGGGGCGGCGCGCUGCUCCCCAGCCUGAGCCGGCCGGGCUACCGCCUCAUGCUGCCCUUCGUCACCAGCUGCAGAGCCGUGCAGACGACGCUGCAGACGGAUGAGAUAAAAAACGUCCCUUGCGGGACGAGCGGUGGUGUCAUGAUUUACAUCGAUCGAAUAGAGGUUGUGAAUGUGUUAGCACCACAUGCAGUUUACAACACUGUGAGGAAUUACACAGCUGACUAUGAUAGAGCCCUAAUUUUCAACAAAAUCCAUCAUGAGCUGAACCAGUUCUGCAGCAUCCACACCCUCCAAGAGGUGUACAUUGAACUCUUUGAUCAAAUAGAUGAAAACCUGAAACUGGCACUUCAGCAGGACCUGAACACCCUGGCCCCAGGCCUCACCAUCCAGGCCGUGCGUGUCACAAAGCCCAAAAUCCCUGAAGCCAUCCGAAGAAAUUUUGAGCUUGUGGAAGCCGAGAAGACCAAGCUCUUGAUAGCAACCCAGAAGCAGAAGGUGGUGGAGAAGGAGGCUGAAACGGAACGGAGGAAGGCUGUCAUAGAAGCAGAAAAGAUGGCUCAAGUGGCAAAGAUUCAGUAUCGUCAGAAGGUCAUGGAGACAUUGACGGAGAAGCGAAUUUCUGAGCUUGAAGAUGCUGCUUUUUUAGCAAGAGAGAAGGCAAAAGCUGAUGCGAAGUACUACACUGCACAAAAAGCAGCUGACUCGAACAAGCUGAAACUUACACCGGCCUACCUACAGCUGAUGAAAUACCAGGCUAUUUCUACCAACAGCAAGCUGUACUUCGGCAGCAGCCUGCCCCCUAACCUGUUUCUGGGUUCUUGUGCCUUUGAACAACUGGUUGCACCAAUUGCUAGAGAAGCACAGCUGCUCUCCAAAGGAGAGAAACUGCACCUCAGGCCCAGAACAACUGACACUUGAUGCCAAGAAGGGACUGUGUUGCCUCAGCUACCUGAACUAAUUAAUUUUGCUGCCUCAGAAUCAGGGACAGUCCUGCUAUCAAAUUGCCUUAUCCAGAAGCAUAAAGGAGGGGGACACUCUUCAGCACAGUCCCGGGGGUGUCUUGUGCUCCAGAGCCAACUGUGAGGACACCUUCAGGUUUCCAUGCCAUUGCAGCCAUAAGGAGCAUCUUGGGGCCUUCAAUGGACAGGAGCAGUUUGGUCCCUGCUGUUGAGCUGGAUGACAAAGACUCAGCAAAACCGAUCAGCUCAGUAGUUCUCCUCUCCCAGGCAGCUUCUUCCUGUGUUGAAUGCAAUGUGAUGGAACAGCAGCUGCCCUUUGCCAGCUGGCCAUUUACCUACCGGCCCUCAGUCCUCGAGUCUCCCCAGACAGGGCUUGCCAUGUGUGUUUGCAUUAUCUGAGAGCUGGCAGAUAGCCUAGUCCCAGCUGGCUGUGGAGGAUCAGCUCUUGCUACCCAAAACUGGGCAAAGUAAUGGUUGUACAGCUCUCAGAAUAUGCAAGUGCAGUCUUGUUGGAAAGGCGCAUCUUUAGAGUGUCCAAUCCACAAACCUUUCUCUGGCUGAGGCUUUUAAAGCUGCGAUUGUGCCUUGCCACUUACGAGUUGGUGUCUGCUGUGUGCUGGGAAUGGCAUGCUUGGAGGGUGGUAGGAAGAUGGGAAGAAUGAAGGUGGCAUGAACAAGGGUCUGAGUGGCACGGAAGGCUUCGUGCAGAAUGCACCUCAUGACCUUGCUACUGUGCACGCGGUAUUGCUGUAUCUUCCCAUGAGCAGUGCCAAAUUUCUUGUGGCCUUUGGCUGCAUAACCCUCUGACUAGGCUGCUGAACUCCACAACUGUGUGUGUGGAAUGAGUGCAGGACUCUUGGCUGUGUACAAGUUUAUCUUGGUUGUUGCUAAACUAUCAAAGUAGGGAUUAUUUGUCAAGCACCAACUGUGGACUGGAUUUUGUUGUUGAUCUGAAGGUUUUGCCUCAAGAUUUACAAGUGUAUCUGUAGAAAACAAACUUGAUGACUGAAACGGAAGAUUUUUAAAAGAUUGUGUUUCUAGUGCAUCUCUAUGCAAACUGCUGAUCUUUGGAAUAAGGGAAAAUAAAACUAUUUCUGUAACUUUUUCUGUA